AUGAGUCACCGACACCUUGAUCAGAACAAAGUCAUAGAUUUCAAGCGAUACUACACCUAUGGGUUUCUUAUUAACCUUUUACCAAUUUACAUUUUCUAUCCCGUGCGAACCGGUAAAACUCUUCAACAAGCCAAUAUUGGUACUGGUUCGUCCACUUCACUUGUGUCUGUUAUUACAGAACGUGUACGAACUGAAGGAAUACGUGGCCUGUACAAAGGGAUGAGCGUGUAUGCUCUUGGUAGUAUCUCUGGACGUUUAGUACACUUUGCCACUUAUGACGCAUUACGAGAACGUGUUUACAAGGGACAAGGAAAUAGUGUUGGGCUUGGUUGGCUGGAGGGACGAGAUCCUGCUACUAUUAAUGGAACAUUAGGCACAAUAGCCGCUGUGACCACAUCAAGUUUCAUGGUACCGUUUGAUGUAAUUACGCAGCAAUUACAAAUCUCAAAAAAAGAAGUUACGAACACUCAUAAUGUAAAUAUACCAUUAGCAGAAAACACAUUACCGAAACGCAAGAUUCAUACUACUAAUCAUCUAAUACAACCCACAUUUAACAGCAUUGCGUUAACAACAUCAUCGUCUACAACAACACACGAGACAAAACCUCCAAGUUCACAUUUAUCAUCAAAAACUCCAUUAGAAGCUCAACCACCUGGAGUCACAGCAGCGGCAUCCCUUAAUCCUUCAUCCAAAAAUUUCAUUACGCGUCUAAAGCCACACGAUGUGUCAUUGUACCGGUUUCUGUAUCGCGGUUGGUCAGCUGGAAUCCUACACACAAUUUCCUUUUUCCCUGCCUAUUUCUAUACAUACACAUUUGUAUUGGAACAUUAUCAACGACAUCUCAAUCACUUCACUUUCCUUCCCUCACCAUACUUCUUCUUUUCGGUGACUUCUGGAAUGGCGGCAGGUAUCACUGCAACUUUGGUCUCUGCGCCAUUCGAUGUUGUGAAAACGCGAAUUCAGAUUGCGCGGAAGGCCGGUCAACAUAAUUUACGUUGGUUAACUAUGGCAAAAUCUAUAUUGCAUACCGAAGGUAUACGAGGCAUGUAUGUCGGGAUUUCGGCAAGAUUAUGGAUUGUGGUGCCAUUAGGCAGUUUAAAUUUCUGGGUAUUUGAAAAAGUUCGCGACUGGAGCGCUGUACCGAUUGAAUUGCCAUCUGUAAAUUAG